AGUGGCUGGUACGACCGCAUCGUUCGGAAAUUGAGUACAUUCGCAUGCGCUUCAACGGCCACAUUUCCCUGACAGCGUGCUGCGUCUACAUUUUUCUCACGCAAACUGUGGGCGCUGUCUCAAUUUUCGCAGCCUCGCUCACUCUGGUCACAGCACUGAACGCACCGCUAUUUUGGUGUAACAUCAUCAUUGGAAUAACAGGGACUCUCUACACGGCACUGGGUGGGCUUCGAGGCGUCGUUUGGACGGACUGCAUGCAGUUCCUCUUCAUUUUAGUUGCGCCAACUACAGUUGUGUUGAAGAUAAUCAUUGAUUCUUUCCGGCCUGAGUCAAUGGUCCAGCCGUUCGCCAGUCUGGACUGGCAGAGAUACAUAGGAAACUAUAGCAUCGACUUGACCAGUGACGAAACCAUAUGGGCCUGCCUUUUCGGCACAUUAGGCCUGGCAGCGUAUCGGAGCUGCAUGGACCAAGUCGUGACUCAGAGGCUGCUGGCAUGUCGCACGAUCAAAAGCGCAAGAAGAACUGCCGUCAUAAGUGCAUUGCUCCUGCUUCUGCUGUACAUGACAGGAUUUGCCCUGGGGGUGGCAAUGACCAUUUGGUUUCGUGGCUGUGAUCCUGGACUGCAGGGAAAAAUUGCCAGCGUGGACCAAAUUCUUCCUUACUACGUUAACACGUAUUUGGUUCACGUACCUGGGUUUCUUGGACUAUUCCUUGCCGGCAUCGUGAGUGCGGCAACAAGUACAGUAUCAUCUACAAUCAAUUCUCAAGCUGCUAUCCUGUUCGUGGAUGUAAUUUCCCAUCACUACAAGAAUGCUGAACGCCAUGUGCUGUGGAUUACACGUGGAACAGCUUUCAUUCUUGGCAUUUCUAUGACAAUUUACAGCACACUUUGUGCGCAUAUGGGCUCUGUAACCAUGGUGUUUAUUAUGGUGUACAACGGCAUCGCAUCAGCAUUUGUGGGACUUUGCCUGCUAGCCAUGCUGUUCCCAUUUGUUCACUCCAAGGGAGCCGGUGUUGCGACACUAGCGACGAUUAUCUAUCAGAUUCUGCAUGUCAGCCGAAUAAUUGGAAGUGGACGUAAACCUCCAAAAAUGGAUGCGAGUCUUGACUUUUGCCCUGGAAAUCAAAGCACUCUUGUGGUCAAGCUUAAUUCGAGCGAGGUGACACCUGAAGCGAUAGAAGAAUCUUUUAUACUAUUUCGUGUUUCCUAUAUGUGGACCAGCUUUUUUGCUGUUUUCGCUACUGUCAUCAUCGGUAUAUUUGUCAGCUUCAUUACAGGGGAAACAAGGAAAAUGAAUACACCGUUACACCUCUGCAAUGAUGGAGCAGUUCGUUUAUGGCGCUAUGCAAGGUUGCUGGAUAGUGAGGGAAAAAAAGUAGAGAACGCCAAGACCACGACGCCUAUGAAAGUAAUGCAUGGCAGUAAAAUAGAAGGUGACAACCUCCUUGCAGGCAAUGAUGAAACAUGCAUUUGA